AGUUCUGACAAAAAGGAUCUCUUGUUGUCCCGGUGUUGUUGUUUAUGAGGUAACUUUCCCGACUAUCCUCCGGCAGUGUCCUGUAACAGGUAGAGAGUGACGUAAGAAAACCGUACAUUUAUUUAUAACCUCAGCGCUCCGUGGCGCGUGCAUCAGAUGCUCCGGUGAUGGCUGAGCUGGAGUCGCUGCAUUUCUCCGUGGGUAUCCUCGGGAUCUCCGGCGGUUCUCUGCUGCUGUUGGUGAAUAACUAUGGCAGCUCUCCUGACAAAGACUUCAUCCCCCAUACUGCACUGGGGGUGCUACUGCUCAUCAUCGCUUCCCUUUUGGCAUACUCUGGGGUGCGUCGCAGCCUGUCCCAGUCCCAGUUGUUCUCCAGUGUGUGUCUGACCGUGUCAGCCUUGUGGUGUGGGUCUGGACUGGUCUACCUGCUCGUUGGGGAGGGGUUGGUGGGGACUACAGAGCUGAGGUCCUCUUUGGUCCCUGGCCUAGCAGCCUUCACCCUGGCCUUCCUCAUACUGGCUACAGUAUCUGUCCUCCAGAGAGAGGUGGUCCUGUUAAUCAUCUCCCUGUCUAUCAGCCUGGCCUGUGGGCACCAGAUCGCCGGCCUCUCCUCCCCAGGGUUCGGCCAGUCUGCCACGGCCGCCUGCUACCUGCUGGUCACCCUGGUGGGGGCUUACUUCGGCUGUGGCCGCCUGCUCUCCUUUAUCACCCAGGGAAGGGUGGAGGCUCCUGGUACAGGGCUGAGAAGAAGGGCAGGGGGUCAGGGGUCAGGGGUCAGAGCUCCAGAGGACUGUAACGACGUGGUGCCUGUAGGCCUGGUGAUGAAUCUGCUGUCUGCUAGUGUAAUAGCCUGCCCCCUACUGGCUGUGGUUCCUCAACUCGCCCCGGGUCACGUCCCCUGGCUUUGGACGGCUGCUGUAUUCCAGCUAGUUGUGUGUGUCCUCUCCUACAGAUCCAUGGACUCCCUGACCGCCACCUUCUACGGCUUCACCUCCAUCCUGCGCUUUACUGAGGGCUACAGCGCUCUCCUCACAGCCUUCUCCAUCCACCCCUCUUCCCCUAUCCCCUUUCCCGUUGUCUUCGCUGUUCUAUUCUUCAUCCUGGCUCUGUUCAGCUGUCAGAAGAGUCUAGCUGAGGGUCUCUACCAGCUGUUCUACGUGGCGUAUACUAUCGCCCUCGCAGCCCAGCCCUCCCUCUCCUUCCAGUCUGGGGCGCAGGGCGUCCAGGCAGCCAUCUUUGUUGUGUCAGCCGUGAUGUUACUGGUCACCUCCUACAACAACGUCUCGGCCAAAAGGAUUCCUACGGGGGAGGGCGUGUUCAAGGCCCUGGUGACGCGUGUCAGCAGCCUGACUCUCCGUCCCCACGACAGGCACAGCCAAGCUCCCUACCUGGGCUACUCCAGGUAUGCUGACGCAGAGGUGUUAGGUCACGCCUGCUCUGUCCUCGCUGUCUUCUCCAUCACAGCAUCCAUGGGGGACCGGGCCCCGCUGGGCGUGCUGGUCCUGCCCUGGGCUGUGGUGGCAGGCGGCGUCCUCCAGCUGCUGGUCGGCUCCGUGGCCUUCUCCCGUGGUAAGACCCUUGAGAGCAUGGCGUUUGUCCUGUAUGGUGUCAUGUGGUCUGUCUGGGGGCUGACGCGGUACGGCGGGCUCUACGGGGACACACGGGGAUUCAACCUGGCUGUGGGCAUCAUCAGCUUCCUGUUGUUCAACAGUCUGGUGACGGUAGGAGCGCUGUUCCUGAGCGUAGCCUGGGUUGUCUAUGCCGCGACCUUUCACCUCAUUAUCAUCUCCUUCCUCCUGGACGCCAUGGGAGCACUGCCUUAUGGAUAUGACAUUGGGGUGUCGAUCGUGUUUGGCCUGAUGUCAUUCUACUGUUUCCUGUCUGGUCUGUUCAGCCUGACCUUCCUGACACCCCAGUUGCCCCUGGGACGGGCGUUAGUCAGGCUGAGUGGGACGGGAGGAGGAGGGAAGGACAUCUGUCUUCAUGUCCCUGCACGCAAGGCCACGGCCGUCCACCAGAUAGCAGAGAUCAUGAAGAGUGGAGGUAUAUGUGGGAUGCCCACUGACACGGUCUAUGUACUGGUGGCAGCUUGUAACAGACCGGACGCUGUGGAAAAGGCCUACAAGUGUAAACAGCAGGCUCAGGACCGGCCCAUGUCUCUGUGGGUGUCCUCUAUUAACCAGUUAGAACCGGUCAGAUCCCUGCUGUCUGCCCUGCUCUGGGACUUCAUGAGCGCAGCUUGGCCCUCCUCUAUCAGCAUGGUCAUAGCCAGGGGUCCUUGGAUGGAGAUGUUUGGUCUGGGGGAAUCAGCUAAACACAUCGGAACCCCUCAGAGCAUUGCUAUCAGGAACCCAAACUGUGCUGUGGCUACUCAUCUUAUCAACCUGGUGGGUCCCAUUGCUGUGACGUCAGCCAACCCCACAGGAGAAGCAGACACCACACACCACAACCAGGUGUAUGCCAAGCUGGGAAACAAGGUGGAUGGUGUGUUGUGUGACGGCCCGUCCCCAGAGAACAUCGCCUCCACUGUGGUUGACUGCACCAAGAUAGACAGCGGCCAUAUUGGAUUCUUCCGAGUAGGCCUCAUUCCCAAGUCUCAGGUGCUCCAGAUAUUUGAGGAGGUCCAGAAGAGGCAUUCUCACGGUCAGAUUAACCCAGGGUUUGAAGCAGACCUCAUAGAGCCUGACCCUAACCCUAACCUCACAGACCCUCAGAGGAACACAGAAGAAGACAACUCAGAGUCUACAGAGUCCUCAACUGUUCCACCACCUACCCAGUCUCCUGCCAACAUGGAUACCUCUACACUAGCAACACAACCAUGAGACUGCCCAAGCUACAGCUAGUCUGUAACUCUCAAAAUCCUCCAGACUUCAUAGUCUGGAAAGGUUCUUUUGAUGUUGUUGGCACGAUGUGUUGAUAAUGAAGGGGAUGUGCCCUCAGACUUCAAGGCAGCAGCCUACGCUGGUUGGAUAUCCCAUUUUUGAAAUUGAAUAAAUCAUGAUCUAUGUUUUACUUAAGCACCGCCUCACGAAACCACGCUGUCAUGUGUCGCUCAUCUGCUUCCUGUUUACAUACAGUAGCUACAGCAGGGGAGCAGGCACGGGUGGGCCUGAGUGGACUAAGACUAAGCUCCCCCAAAAUUAGUUUUGAGUUUGAUAUUUGAUAUGCUCUCUACUUGUCAGUGUUCCAAAUGGAACAUUAUUUGUAUUUUUCCUAAAGAUGCAAACACCGUCAGAUAGAAUUGAUAGCAGUCAGUGCACUGGGUUAGUCAGAUUUGAUGAAAUAUAAAAUAACGAAUGAUGUCUAUAAACCCUGGAUUGCUGAUGCUACAGUAUGUAUUGGCCAUUGAGAGGCUUUGAAGCCACCGGUUGGUCAUAUUGGCACUCCCCAGUAGGAGCAGUCCUCCAUAGGAAUUCAUGGAAUUCUACACUCUUUAUAUUAAAUGUUUCAAGGACAUUUUUGUUGUAGUUGGGACAGUAAUAUUAGUAUUCUCCAAAAAUCAUUCUUGUUUGUAUAUAUGGGAGAUUUUUUCUGUUUUAUUUUUAGCUCACAUAAUAUCAUUUAAAAGUACACAUGAAUGUGUCUGUAAUAGAAUACAUGUGGCUAAAACUAAUGUAGACAUUAAUAAAUGCCUUUCUAUAACUUCCAAAAUAUUUUUUUUACAAUGGUGGGGAGUGCCAAGAUGGAGGCACAGUGGCUUCAACACAGCACCCUCAAUCAGUCAUCUAGUGUAUAUGUAACUCAUUGAACAGAACAGAUUACCUGGAAGUGGAACUGACCCUGUAUAUACAGUAGCUUCCUUCUUUCUCGUGCUCUUCUUAUUUCUUUUUUUUUUUUGUGUGUUUUUGUUCCACUUUAUGUUAUUUUUAGUGCUGCGUUGAUUUUGAUUACUGCACUGUUGGGUUUGGAGCUUGCAAGAAAGGCAUUUCACUGUACUUGUGCACAUUACAUUGAAAGUUUAAACUUGAAACUUGAAUGACAGUCACUCUCGCAUGAUGGUUUUCAAAAAUAGCUAACUGAAAGCCACACUCCCAAUAAGCCACAAAUAUGACUGUAUUAAUGUCACUGUGCUUUUAUGGCUAUAUGCACCAUGCCACUGCGUAUUUAAUUUGUUAACUUUGCAAACAAGACAGCUCAUAAUCCAGUGCCUUUAUAACAGUCAACACACCUACAGCGCAUUCGGAAAAUAUUCAGUCCUCUUCCCAUUUUCCACAUUUUGUUCCAUUACAUCCUUAUUCUAAACCAAAACAAAUCUCAUCAAUCUA